AUGUCCGGUGAAUUAUUAUUUGAAUUAAUUGAAAAGCCUAAAUGGUCAUUCAAAAGAAAAAUUCAUUCUGAUGACAAAAAGAAUUCAUGGACAUUGAACAAUACUUUUAAAAAUUGGUUUAGCUCAUCAAUAAAACUUUCUCAAAAUGCUGAAAGAUUUCUGAAACAUACUGGAAGAAAAUCAUCUCCUAUUUCACUUCAUAUUCCAUCUGAUCGUUUAGCUUUGGUCAUAAAUAAUAAUAUAUGUAUAAUAUCACUUAUUACAUCUGAUGUUUUAUUGGAAAUUCCACUUGAUCUCUUACAAUCUGAUGAAUAUAAUUAUUUAAAUUGUUUAGCUUGGUCUAAUAAUGGAAAAUUCUUAGCUUGUGGACAUUGGUCAGGUAUUGUUUGUGUUUAUGCAUCGUAUGAUGGACAAUUAUUACAUGAAUUACCAAAAAGAACACUAAAUUAUAAUGAAAAUUCAUUCGUAGACAUAUGGUUUUCAGGAAGUGAUGCAUCUCCAUAUUUUGAUUUAUUAUGUUUAAAACGUCGUGGUGAAUUAAUUCGUUAUGUAAUGAGUCGUGAUCAUACAGCAUCAUGUGCAGAAGAUAAAUUUGAUUUUCAUAUAAGUUGUGCAAUUAUUGAUUUAAAUCAAAAUCAAAUUUAUAUUGUACCUUUCGAUACAAAAACAAUUUCAAUUUGGAAAAUUGUUGAUACAAAACCGUCUGUUAUUAAAAUAAAAGAAAU